CCGCGCUCUGGAGAAGCCGUGGAGGGGCACUGUGGUCUGACAGUCCCCGCAGGCUCAGUCGCAGCCCUGCGGAGACAUGCCCCGGAGCCCCCGGCCCGCGCCGAGCUGGGCGCUGUUGCUGCGGUUGCUGGCGCUGCUGCGGCCGCCGGGGCUGGGCGAGGCGUGCAGCUGCGCCCCCGCGCACCCCCAGCAGCACGUCUGCCACUCGGCACUCGCUAUCCGGGCCAAGAUCUCCAGUGAGAAGGUAGUUCCUGCCAGCGCAGACCCUGCUGACCCUCAAAAAAUGAUCCGGUAUGAAAUCAAACAGAUAAAGAUGUUCAAAGGGUUUGAGAAAGUCAACGAUAUUCAGUAUAUUUAUACGCCUUUUGAUUCCUCCCUCUGUGGGGUGAAACUGGAAGCUAACAGCCAGAAGCAGUAUCUCCUGACUGGUCAGAUCCUCAGUGAUGGGAAAGUCUUUGUCCAUCUGUGCAACUACAUCGAGCCCUGGGAGAACCUGUCCUUUCUGCAGAGAGAAAGUCUGAAUCACCACUACCAUCUGAACUGUGGCUGCCAAAUCACCACCUGCUAUAUGGUGCCCUGCACCAUCUCGGCUCCCAACGAGUGCCUCUGGACAGACUGGCUAUUGGAACGGAAGCUCUACGGGUACCAGGCCCAGCAUUAUGUCUGCAUGAAGCAUGCUGAUGGCACCUGUAGCUGGUACCAGGGACGCUUGCCCCUCAGGAAGGAGUUUGUUGAUAUCAUCCAGCCCUAGGAGGGAUCGCCACAACCCUUUGAGAGUCCUGAAGACCAAGCCCUUUUCCUUCCUGGCAGGGCGCUGGCUGUCCCCACCUGCUUCAUGGAUGCCAGACAAGAGGAAGUAUCAGGUGGACGGUGUGGCCAGCAUGAGGGCAGGGAUGGGGCGUGUGGCAGCUUGUGUCUGGGACCGCAGUCCAGAACACGUUGGGCCAAGGGCUAGGGAAAGUAGCAAGACUUUUCUCUCCCACCCUCAGCUCUUCAUCCUUGCCUCCGAACCUUCUAGUUGAGCUGGUAUUUGUUACUGACUCUGGCUUAGUUUCUGUUUUCAAAGCUAGGACUAUUCCUUUUUCUCCCCAGAUAAAUGUGUUUUCUUUUUAUCUUAACUGAUCUGACAGGGGAGAAAUGAUGACUAUUUUACAUAUGAGAUGGGGUGGCCUUGUGCGAUAUAAGACCAGAAGGUGGGUGACAGUAUCAUAAACAGGCUGACUUAGAGAAAUGAAAAGAACAACAUCCUCUGGCUGUGUUUCAUCUACUCCUCCAGUCUCAACUCAUUCUGAUCCUCUGAUACGCUUUCACCUGUUUAGGGGAGUGACAAAGGGGGACAAGGAGUCAUUCAGUGUGAAGCCUACAAUGUAAUCCCCUCUAUACCAUUCUUGGCACAGGGCCUGGCCCAGUUAGCAAGACAAGAAUAGACUUGGGUAUUGUCUCUCCAGGUUGACUAUACUUAAUGUCUUUAACUGCUGUCCAAAAGGCUUCUCCUCUGUCUGCUUUAGAAAGUCCUUCUCUACUAGAUUACUAAUGUUUUCAUUACUACUUCAAAACCUUUCUUAAGCUUAAAAAAAAAAAAAAAAGGCUUUCUCUUAUAGAGUUGAAAUUCCCCCUCAGCUUUUGAAACCUCACAGAGAUGCUGGUGGUGGGGGGUGGGUGUCCUCUCUUGAGGGCACAUUUUAGGCUCGAGGACAGGAUAAAAAGGGCCCCUGGGGGAAAGGACGGUAGGUGAGGAAUACACUUGGCAAGUGUUACAGCUCUUCCAGUGGUCAGCCCGCUCCGAGAACCACCGCCCCCGCCCCCGCCUCCCGCUCAGUCCUCCUGGACACCCCGAAGUCCACAGGCACAGCCGCUGAGGGCUCCUCUGCCUCUCAAGCCUUCCUGACUGGUCCUGAUGAGGGUCUUAAGGAUUCAUCAGGGGCAAGUGCUUAAAGUUCCAGGGCCUCUCCCAGGGAAGCUCUGGCAAAGAUGGAGAAGGUAGUUCUUCCCAAGGCCCCAAGGUUCUAUACAGCUUGCUGAUAAGCUGAGGCAUGCACAAAACACCAGAAGAAGGUUCCACAGAAAUGGUGCAAACGGAGAUUCCUUCUGGAGAUCUCUGUCCUGGAGCGAAAGACUUGGAAAGCUAAGGCAGAGAGUCUCCACUGGUGGGUUAAGUAGGCUUACCCACUGACCAUGCAGGCCUGGGGCAGAGAACGUGGGGCCAGAGAAGAAUGGGGGAAAACAUUAGAGGCAGCCUCUGUACCAACCGUCUAUCCCAUCGUUCUGCUCCUUCUGCUAUCCUGUAUGGCCUCAGAGAAGGCAGAGUGAAACCCUUGUCUUAUCUGAAUUUUGAGGAAGUGUCUGGUGAAUAAUAUCAGGAACAAUAGCUUACGUCUGAGGAGCACUCCACACUCCUCACAGACUAUUUGCUCAAAGAAUCUCACUGAAAUCAUGCAAGUGCCAUAUUAGCUAUCCUGGCCAGGGAUCGUUAAGCCCACUCUCUUUUCGGAUUGGGAUGCUGACACGUGGUGAGGGAACAUAACCGUCUGUGACUUGUGGCUAGAAUCACAAGCAGCAGGAUCUUCUGACUAUUGAUCCAUCUAGGUUGUUACUCUCAGCUUUUGAUAAAAUGCCCCUGUUUCUACUCUUUCCUAUUCUGUCUCCAAGUUUUGGAGACAGAGGGCUGUCAGCUAAAACCCAGCCACUGUGGCCUCACCAAGCAGGUCUGCAGUUCAACCUCAAUAGAGUCUCUGGGGUUGAGAGGCUGAGGCCCUCCUCAGAGGCCCACACGGCUAAGCUCAGAGUGCAGACAGCAGAGACUGAUGCCCCCUCUCAGUCACCUACCAUUUCUUUGUGGUUGGGGUAGUAAGUCUGCUCAAUGAGCGGGAACUUUUCUCCUCCCAGUGUCUUGUAGAUGGCCACCAGCUGGGCAAACUGCAAAAGAGAAGCAAAGGUUUCAGUUUACCCAGACAGCUUCUGGAACAGACAAAAUGGCAAUCCACUGAACAAAUAUUUAUUGAGCAUCUGCUCCACUGAGGGCUUUGUACAAAGUGCUCUGAGGAUAUAAAAGAGGUGUCCCACCCUCUAUUCUCCAGGAACAUAUGCUUCUGUUGGGGAAGGGAGAGAGUGAGGUAGUAUUCAUUCAGUGCCUACUCAGUGUUAAUGAUAUUUCAUUUAAUCCUCAUAUCAAACUGAUGAGCUAGGGUUCUUUAUCAUCCUCAUUUUACAUAUGAGGCUCAGAAAGGGUAGGUGACUGCCUAAAGCCACAGUGCUGCAAAAAAAGGGACAGCUGGGGUUGAAAUUUUGGUCUCUGUAACUCUAAACACCAUCAUCCCUAGAGAUGGAAAGUGAUAAAGAUGGAUGGGGGAACAAGGGGCCCAGUCUUGGAAAUUCAAAUGCCAAGGAAAAGAAAGGGAGGAUGGAAUCAUGGAAUGCAGCAAAGACAGACCCCGUCUUCUGGACUUACUGCUCAUCUAAGAACUGAACUCACUGGACCCUUCACCUAUGAAAAGCCAGAACAGCUCCAGGGAAAAGGGGUGAAGCGCACAUACUUAAACGUCAGGGUCUGCCUUUGGUGAACAUGUAGCAUCCCUGGUGUCCCCUGCCCACCCCCCUACUUUAUAAGUGGAGAAACUGAGGCCCAGAGAGGUUGCUCACUCAAGGUCACACAGCAGUUGAGCCAGAUUCAUAGCCAGACCCCUUUAGUCCUAACCCGUAACUCUUCCUUCUCCUUCAUGUAGCUGCCUUUCAGGCUCUAAAGAGACCGUGCUCUUCCCACAGGAAACUUUCCAGUUCAAUCCGUUCACACUCAUUCCCCACCUCCACACACACCCACCCCAGAGCACUGGCAGCGGCUGUGAUCCAGCGUCUUCUCUCUCGUGCUACUGGGUUCACGCUCUAAGCCACUGAUACCUGGAACUGCUGGAAGGAAGAGUUGCCAGAUCAAACCGACCUUCUGUUUACUAAAGAAGGGAAAGAGAACAUUUUUCAAAAGCCCAGUUUCUGUUUUCAAUCAGUGAUGUUAGCACGUGUGUUGGUACAGGGAGACAAUAAAAGCCAGAGCUGGGUUGUUAGAAAACCAGAGUCUUCUGAUUCUUCUUGUUCUGCCUUGAACUUGCUAGGUGUCCUUGGGCAAAUGAUGUCUCCUCUCCAGGCCUCAUUUUCUUCAUGUAUAAAAUAGACAACGGAAUUUGAUCAGUUCUUCAAACUUUUUAACCACACCAAAAAAAAAUCCUCCUAAACUCCAUGAUGAGACUGCUGUUUCGUGAUCAUUGGCUGUGGUCCUUUUGUGAGUAGAGACAGAAUCUGUUAUUUUUGAAAUGCUGAGAAACAUUGGAGUUUCUGGGUCACUUUCCUCCGUGACACGCAGUUGGUGGCUCUAGAUCUCAAGGCCUCCUCCGGGGCUGCAAGUAUGACUGAUGGACCCCCAAGGCCCUAAGAUUUUAUUAUCGGAAGAGACUUCAGAGAGUCUCUAGACCAGACACCUCAUCUUACAGAUGAGGAGAGCAAGGCCAGAGCAGCAAAGGGGAGCACGGGCCGCCGCCUCGUGCCUGGAGUCGGGGCGCGCUGGGACGGGGCCCAGGGCCCUCCCCGCCCGGUGGUGCUCGUCACUGUGCCCGCCGCCAUGCUGGUGUUCUCUGGUCCUCCCACACCCUCUGACUGCCAGGACCACCCCUCAGCCCUCUCUUGCGUUCUCCAGCUCCCCCCGCUACCUCAUCUGACCUUCAGGUCCCGGCUGGCCACUUGGAAUGACUGGACUCCUUCUCGGCGUCUGGAUACCUGCCUGAGCUCCUGAGGCCCUGCAGCCUCCCCAGCCAGCUGAUGCCAGCUCUGCCUCACAACCUCUGUCCUGCUGCAGCCCACGCCCUGGCACAGCACCAAGGCAUGUGGGGCCCUAUCUUCCCAGCAUGUGGGAGAGUUACACAGACACCACGCUGAUGCCAAGAAGGCCCCCGGCAGGCUCCCAGAGUCCUGGCACAGUCAAGACUAAGAUGGCAGCCAGUUCCCAUGCACUAGCUGGGUCCCUGGGGGCUCACUCCUUCUCCUCCACCUUCUGUAGUCCCUUCUGCUCAGAGCACUAGGCUUGGCAUCUAACUCCUGCCUCCUUGGAAACUCGGACUCAGUCACAAGCAUACAGUCACCAAUUAAACAAAAGUAAUAUCUGAUAAGGGUUAUUUCCUCUCCACAGAGACAAAAGAAUACAUUUGGAGCUGGGGGUGGUAUUGGCAAUGAAUAGGAAGAUAAUGCUCAGCAUAACCAUUUAUCCAAUGUAUCAGGAAAGAUUUCUCAGAUGAAAUGGGAUUUCAAGAUCAGUCUGAAUUUAAUAUGUUACCCUGAUCCCUCCUGGAAAUAAAGUGCUUCAAUUA